AUGAAUUUCAAUGACAUUCCCAUCAUCAAUGACAAGCCAAUAGCAGAAGAAGAUGAGGUUGUACGUCAACAGUUAAAGGAACUCGGUCAACCUGUAUUUAUUAAUGGUGAAGAUGACCAGGCGCGACGUGAAAGAUUAUUUAUUUUAGUUAAUGAUGCUGGCUUUGAAACAAGCGACAUACACAGUGGCGAAGAUGAUGAUGAAGAGGAUGACGACGAAGAAGAGGAUUUUUAUACACCCGGACCAACAAAUCUUUACGAUGCGAGAAUUCGAAUUCUUAAUCACUCUUUGGGUAAAGCAUCAUAUAGACUCCAACAUCAAAGAGAGAUGCUACAAAAGAUUCCUCAAUUCACUACGAUUUUAAAGAAAAGGCGAUCAAUUAACUCAAAGUUGUCACAGAUUGAACUCUGUGGAUCACAGGUAAUACAGGGAAACACGAGAGCCGUUUCGAGUGUGAGAUACUCUUCAAGUGGGGACUUGAUUGCGUGUGGCACUUGGGACGGGUCGGUACAUGUUUUGAACAAUAAUGAUUUGAGUCCUAGUGGGAAGUUGCUAGGCGGACAGCACGCCGAGAAAGUAGGCGGUUUAGAUUGGCAAGCAAAAGAUAGUCAACAGCGUCUAAUAUCAGGAGGAAGUGAAGGUACCAUGAAUAUUUGGAAUAUCACGGCAUCGGAUGAGGUCAUUAAGCCCAAGCUUUCAAUAAAGGAAGCCCAUACAAACAGAAUAACCAAAACUUUGUUUCAUCCAAUUGGAGAUUUUGCAUUGUCAACCUCAUUUGACCAAACGUGGAAAUUGUGGGACUUGAACAAGGUGGUUGAGUUGUACCAACAAGAAGGGCACUCUAAAGAGAUUUACAGUGGCGCUAUACAUCCCGAUGGUUCAUUAUUUUUAUCUGGAGGAUUGGAUGGUGUAGUGUAUGUUUGGGAUUUGAGAUCGGGGAGAGCUCUUAUGCCACUUCAAAAGCACAUGCAAGGAGUGUACGGUCUUGAUUGGUCUUUGAAUGGGUACCAUUUCGCUAGCGGAUCUGGCGAUUGUUCGGUAAAAAUUUGGGAUAUGCGGAAGUUGGACCAUUCAGGUGAGGAACUUUUUUCUAUACCUGCACAUACGAAGCUUGUGAGUGAUGUGAGAUUUCACAGUGGAAACGGGGUGGCAGAUGAAGACGGUUUUAACACCAAUGGCUCAUGCUUAGCUACUAGCUCGUACGAUGGGACAGUAAAGAUUUGGUCGGCAGAUAAUUGGAUUCUAAUUAAUACUUUGAAAGGUCAUAAUGAAAAGGUGAUGAGUUGUGAUAUCAGCGAUGCCAAUAAUGCAAUCAAUUUCGUAAGUGGUGGCUGGGACCGAACGGUUAAAUUAUGGCAAUCGCCGCAGUAG